UACUUUUUCAGUAACUAUUUCUUUUAUCAACUCUAACUUUUUAUCACAUUUGUUGUCUUAUUACAUAGAAGUUAUUCUAUUAAAUAUUUUUUUAUAAUUUUUAAGGUAAUAUGGGUCCAAAAAAUAAUUUGUGUGUAUUUCGUGGGAAAUUCAAAGAGUAUAUAGUUGCUAACUUCACAUUAUCAUCUGAAACAAAUAAUCAGUGCAUGGUAGGGCGUAUGAUUUUUGUAUUUAUAAAAAAUAAAGAGGUGUUUAACUGUUAAAAAAGCCAACAAGUGUUUUGGCUUCAACAUCAGCACAAAUGAUAUCAAGACCAUUGUAAAUAAAGCAAAGAAAUGUGUUUACAAUUUUUUAAGAGACUCCAAACAUUUUAUUGCAUUUUGCAAAGCCCUAUGCAUUCCCUAAACCAGUGUUUGACCAACCAUUGCAGGCUAUCUCUAGUAAUAUAAACACUAUGUUUUGUUCUUCAACUGUUUCAUCAUUGGAAAACACCAUUUCAUCUCUAACAACUAGUGAAUGUUUAUCUUCACCAGGCCAAAUUGUAAAAUUACCAAGUAGGCAGAGUUCAGGAGAAAAUCAAACUCUAAAAGAAAAAAAAUGAUAAAAAGAUUGUCUCAUUUGUCUUCAAAGUUUUCUAUAUCUACCAAGCAGUACCAAAAGAAGAUAACAUUAUUAAAAAGUAAAUUAAAAAGCAUGCCAUAUAAGAUUAAAGUUUUAAGGCAAAGUGUUGCAUGAAAAGAGGAGGUUAUAAAAACAUUAAGGGGAGAAGUUCGAGACUUGAAAAAAAAAUGCAAACAUGCUAUUACAAUAAAAUUAUUCGCAAUUUUAAAGCUGCAAAAAAAGCAAUAAAAAUUAAAGAAAAACAAAAGUUAAGAGAUUUAAUGGUCAAACAUAAAAUUGAUGUUAAGGCAAACAAAAUAUUGAUUGCAAACUUAGAAAAUGAUUUGACACAUAGUCUGUAAUGCUGAUGAUUAUGAAAACCAUAUAUGUAAUGCAGAAGCUCGCAUAGCUUUAGUUUAAUCAGAAUUUAACUUGCUUCCUUUUAAUGAGUGUCAUAGCUGGAUUAUUUCAAAUAUAUCUAACACAAUGUCAGGCAGGGUUGCAGUUAACCACCUUACCAUAUGUAAAGUUUGUGCAACAUGGGGUAAGACUCUGAAUGAGCUGAACUGUCAUUUGCAUCCUCUCAAAACAAAUGCAACUUCAUGUUGUUCAACAUUACAUUCUCUGGAAAAAGAAAGUUGCCAAUUAUUUGGCAAUGACUGUAUGGCAGUCAAAAUAGUUUUGGUGAUGAACAAGAUGAGGUUUAAAGAUGGCAAAGGUGAUCCAGAAGGAUUUAUUAAUUUUUUAGACAAUAACAAACUGCCACGAUGUAUCAUUCCAAGAUAUCGUGGCAAUCGUCUUUGCAUUGUUUUAUUUUUCAUACAUCCAUACUUGCUUUAUUUUUAUGAAACACUACAAUGCUUUUAAGCAGUUUCUUACCAUUGGAAUAGUAAAAUGUGGCAAUUUACAAACUGUUUUGAGGUCAGCAUUUUGUAAUACAACUGCCAUAAAACAAAUGGGUGUGCUAGCAAUAUUUGGAGUACUUCUUACUGAGCCCUGGAUGAAAAAAUUUUAUGUAUCAGCUGAAUCUGCGAGUUUUGAUCAUGUUGCUGGUAUUCAAGUAAUGAAAAAUGCUGCUUUUUUGAUAGACGGCUCUGGCUUACAUUCUCGUUGUGUCAUUAAAAAUUAUUAUUUUGUUUCAUUAAUGAAAUUGCAAAUUUUAAUCAUUUACUAAAAGCCAAGACAAAUUCAUCAUAAUUUUUUUUUAUAAUAUUUUUAUUAAAAAUUUUUUUUUUUAAGUUGGAGGGGGUUUAAAUGCCCUUUACUUUUGGAGGAGGUUUAAAUGCUUCUUACUCUGAAAGAUGUUUACUUGAUUGCAUCUUGUAAUAUGGUUGGAUAAGGAAAGGAUGGGGGCAGACACCCCUCCCCCUAAGUCACUGUAUUCACCACUACUCUAUGUUGUAAUUUAGUAGAAUAUGAUUUUCAUUUGUAAUACUAGAUUUCUUUUUUUUAAUAAAUAUAUAAAUGUUUAUAUGAAUGAAACAUUUUUAAUAAUAGGGUGUGUUAAACCACCACCUCUGUAUCCACCCUAACGUAAAAAUACACUUAUCAUAUUUGGUGGUUGUCUAAAAAAAAUUGCAUUAAGUUUUUGUAUAUAAAAAUUACUAGUUUAACAAAAAAACACUCUUCUAUGGACGAAAUAUGUAUUUUUGGGUGGUAAAGAUGGUGGUUCGGCGCCCCCUUUAACACCCUGGAUGCGCCCAUUAGGAAGAGGCUAUUAUAUAUUUGUAGCCCACUGUUACAUCUAUCUUUUGAUACCAAGUUAUAGGCAUUUGGAUAAGAAUUGACAAAGUUAUAACAGUUUUAGUGAAGAGAAACAAAAUUUUGACCACAGUUUCUUCAACAAAUCCAUAUAUCAAAAAUUUGCAACUAAAAAUCGCAUAACUUUUUGUAGGAUUGUCCGAUUAUGAUAAUUUUUUCACCAUUAAAAUUCUGUAUUGAAGGGCUUUCUAAUGAUAUAUAGCAUUCUAGUAUUUAAUCAAUUUAAAAUUUUCAUGUCACAUACCUAGCUAUAAUGAUGAUUUUUGUAAUUAUGAAGAAGCAGAUCAAAAUAAGCGAUUCAAACUUUCAGACAUUCAUAAUGAGGCAGUUUCUUUGGUAUCUUCUCUGAGAUCAAACAGUGGUUUACCUCAUAAUAUAAUCUCUUGUAUCAUUCCAUCCUUCAAUAAUAUGACUGACUGUUUAGUAAAUUAUUUAAAUGAACAAGUUCUCGAGUUGUUAAAGUAUGUGCCUAAUGUUAAUCAAGGUGUUUUAAAUAAUAUUGAAGAACUUUUUAAAAAGGUUCAAAAACCUCUUAAUUUUCUUUCUACAAAAUACAAGCAAGAUAAAUAUUUUACUGAACAUCCUCUUUUUGUUAAUUCUGAAACACUUCCAAUCGGUUCUAGGUAUGAGGUUAAAAAUGGAGUCAAUAAAUUAGUCCAUGACACCGAUGAGUAUGUGUCAAUUGAAAACAAUUUUCGCAGCUUAUUCAGUCAUGAAGAGUUUGUAGAACUGAUUUUAACUAAUGAAAUUAAAGAUAAUGACUUAAUUGACUGUUUUCAAAAAGGAGAGCGCUGUAAAAUGCAUUAUUUAUUUACUAAUAAUGAUAAGUUUUCUAUAAUGAUUCAACUAUUCUACGAUGGUAUGGGAACAACAAAUCCACUUCGUGGAAAUGCAUCAACCAGUAAUGUUGGAGUUUUUUAUUAUACAAUCCAAAAUUUACCUCCUAGUCAUAACUCUUGUUUUGCUAAUAUACAUCUGUUGGCACUUUGUUAUAGUCAAGAUUUAAAAGUGUAUGGCUACAAUAAUAUAUUAGAACGGUUUGUAAGUGAAAUACAAAAACUGCAAUCGGCUUUAGUGGGGACUUUCCAAUAAUUGGUUCUAAACAGAUUUAUGUAGGACUUAGCCAGGUUUCUUGUGAUAAUCUUGCUCUUAAUGGGUUGUUUGGUUUUAUUGAAUGUUUCUCUGCAGAUUUUUUUUGUACUAUAUGUUUAGCAACUAAAGAAACAAUACAACUUAAAACAUACGAGUCUGAUUUUGAAAUAAGAACAAUAGAUUCUUAUAAUAAUGAUUUGAAAGCAUUAGAAAUGCUUGCUUUAAGAACUCAUAGUCAUGGUGUAAAAGCAAAUUGCUGCUUGAAUAAAAUACCUGGUUUUCAUGUGGUUGAAAAUUUUGCUCUUGAUCCAAUGCAUACACUACUAGAAGGUGUUGUACCUUUUGAACUUGGUUGCAUUCUUUAUCAUUUAAUAAAAAUCAAACAUUUCUCAUUAUUGGAUUUAAACACUUGCAUGCAUCAAUUUUUUGAUCGUAAUUCAAUAGAAAAAUCAAAAAGACCACCCACAAUUUGCCAAGUUGAGAAACCAGGAGGAGGUCUUACACCUUUAAUGAAGUCAGUUCAAAUGUGGUCUUUGCUUAAGUAUUUGCCUAUGAUUAUUGGUAGAUUUGUACGUGAAGAUGAUGGGUGCUGGCUUUUUUUGUUAAAUUUAUGUGAACUUGUAGAUUUAAUAUUUGCUCCUAAGUUUACCAAAGGAAUGAUAGCCUAUUUAAGAGUUAUUAUAUCUGAUCAUCUAUUGGAUUUUAAGGAUCUGUUUGGAAAAGCAGCAAAGUUGCGUCCUAAACAUCACUUCCUUGUCCACUUUCCUACAAUUAUCAUAAAAAAUGGACCUCUUGUUGGAAUGAGUUGUCUUCGAUAUGAGAUGAAAAAUUCAUUUUUUAAGAGAUCUGCAAAUGUUGUCUGCAACUUUAUUAAUAUUUGCAAGACUCUAGCUUAUCGCCAUCAGUGUAACUCAUUUUACUCACGUUUUUCAAAACAGUAUUUGAGAACUAUUAUCACUGUAGGGAAUAAAUCUGAAUUUAUGGCUGCAAGUCUUGCGGGUACUUACCAUGAAUGUCUUUGCAUUGAACUUGGUAUAGAAAAGACAGAAAUUAUUUGUAUAGCAUUGAAAUUGAAUGUUGAUUCUGUUUUAUAUUGCAAAGGCCAUUGCUUUGUGAUUGGUCGCCAAAUAAAUAGUGAUCCAGUAUUUGGAGAGGUGGUAGCAUUUGUUAGUUUACCUUAUACUGAUAAAUGGUACAUUGUGCUGCAUUUAUGCAUUACAGAGUAUUUUGAUAGCCAUUUUCAUGCAUAUGUCAUGUCUCAUAGUUUGCCUGCAGAAUUUAAAUGUAUAUCCAUUGUCAGCUUGUGUGACCAUAAUCCCCUUUUUAAUUAUUUGCAACCUGGUAAAGAUAACAAAAAUCUUAUUCGACUUCCUUACCAUAUUGUAUGUUAAAGGCUUUAUUAACUUAACUGUUAAUUUUGUUAUUGGAUUUUGAAAUAAAUAUAAUACAAUUUUUACUAAAAAUUUUAAAAUAUUUUUUUUAACUUUAUUUUGUCUCAAAUUUGUAAUAAUACUGCAUUACAUUAAAUAAAAUACAGUGUUAGUUGUUAUUAGUAGUAUUAACAUUGUUCUUUUGCUCGAUAUUAAAAUAAAAAUUAUAUAUAUGCAAAUUAUAAAAUUUCCAUAUAUAAAAUUAUAAAUAAUUUCAAUUUUCAU